AAUGUCGGCUAAGGAUAUCAUUAUUCUCUCUAUAUUCUUAACAGUGUUAAUAGAGAGAAGCUUUGAAUAUUGCUCUACGGAAGAAAAAUCUAAUAGACAUUAUGGAACUUAUACGUCAUACGAUAAUUCAUUCGAAGAGAGUCAGUUGACUAAUUUGAACAGUAAUGUAACAAUGAUAUAUUUCAUUGGGAGGCAUGGUUCCAGACAGGAAAGUGGUAGUGGAAUUCGAAACUGGAGAAAGUAUUUACCCGAAUUACAAGAAAUAUUAGAGAAAAACCAAUUGGCAGUUGAUGUUUGUAGAGAAGAUAUUGAAUCCAUUAUUAAUUGGAAGUUAAAUAUAAGCAUUAAAGACAGCUAUAAAUUACUAGAAAUUGGUAAAAAUGAGCAAAAAUCAAUAGCGAAACGACUUUUAAUCAAAUUUCCGCGUUUUUUUAAUAAUCUUCGAAAUGUUGAACAAUUAGAUUUUCAAUCUUCAAAUACUGAUAGAACUUAUCAAUCCGCUUAUGAAUUUCUUUCAACUAUUUUUAAGGGUAGAAAUAUUAGUUUUAAUAUUAAAAGAUCGCGUAAAUCAGAUAACUUAAUUAGGUCAUACAAGAAUUUCGAUCCAUCGUAUACGAAGAGAUCUGAAAAGAUUCAAUUAAAAAUUGAGAAUUUUCUCAAGUCUGAUGAGAUACAAGAAAUUUUAAAAUCAAUACCAAUGGUAACAAACUUAAAUUUAGAUUUUCAUCCUCAAUUACUGUUGACUAUUUGGAGGUCAUGCGCAUACGAAUAUCUAUCCUUAGAAUCAUCGCCAUGGUGCGCAGUAUUUAAUGACAAAGUAUUGAAAAUUCUCGAAUUUCUAGAUGAUGCCAGAUACUAUAACCUUCAAGGUUAUGGGCUAUCACCAGCUCAAAAGUCUGCUUGUGUAAUUAUAAGAGAUGUAUGGGAAAAUAUCCAUCUGUCAAAGGCAGGUAUGUAUUUAUUAUUAUAA